AAUUUUUGUAAACUAUAAUAAAUAUUAAUAAUAGAAAAUUGAACUUUUAAUUGUGAUUAUAUAUUCAGUGUUACAAAAAAAAACAACUGUAUAAUUUUAUUAUUUUGACAACGUUCUAUCUACGUCUAUCAUAAUGAAACAUGAGUUUUUUGUUUAAUCUAAUUAGAAGUGUUUUUUUAAGAAUGUUAGAAUUAAUUUGGUCAAGUAAAACUCGUAUUUCCAAUACUUUAAGUAUUUAUGUUAAAACAAAUACUGGAAAAACUGUUCAUGUUGAUUUAAAUCCAAAAUGGGAUAUCAAGAAUGUGAAGGAAAUUGUUGGGAAAAAAUUGGACAUGCCACCAGAGGAAUUAAAAAUUAUUUUUGCUGGAAAAGAAUUACAUAAUUCGACAACAAUUGAAGAAUGUGAUUUAGGACAACAAAGUAUUUUACAUGCAGUUCGAACUCAUCAUAGAAUUAGUAAAUUAAAUACGUCAACGAUAGAAGAAUCAUUAUCCGAAAUUUCUGAAUUUAACGACAGUGGAAGUAAACCACUUAAUGAAACUUUGUCCGAUUUACCCUUGGAUGAAUCGAAUGAAUUAGAACCGAAUUCAGAAGAACAGGAGAAGAAUCGAGCACACUUUUAUAUUUAUUGUUCAUCGCCUUGUAAAUCAGUUGAAGUGGGAAAAUUGCGUGUGAGAUGCGCCACUUGUAAAAAUGGUGCAGUCACUGUCGAUAGAGAUCCACAAUGUUGGCCUGAUGUUUUAUUAACACAUAGAAUAACAGUUCAAUGUGAAAAUGAUUUUUGUCAGGCUUCAAUUUUACCAAAUGAUGAAAUUGAAUCGCAAGUUCAUUAUGCACAAUUUUAUUUUAAAUGCUCUAAACAUAUCAGCUUGGGAGAAAAUGACGAAGCUGUGCCUUUAUAUCUUGUGAAACCGAAUUUAGCCAAAAUCCCAUGUCUCGCUUGCACUGACAUUAGGGAAACUGUAUUGGUAUUUCCAUGUGAAGCGGGUCAUGUCACUUGUUUGGAUUGUUUUCGUGAUUAUUGUUCAGCGAGAUUGCGCGAAAGACAAUUUCAAUUUGACGACACACGUGGUUAUUACACUUUACCAUGUCCUGCUGGAUGUCAAAAUUCGUUUAUUCCUGAAAUUCAUCAUUUUCAUCUUCUACCACCACAACAAUAUGAACAAUAUCAACGUUUUGGUACAGAAGAAUAUGUUCUUCGAGAAGGUGGAUUAUUAUGUCCACAACCAGAUUGUGGAAUGGGUAUAAUACCGCCAAAAGUUGAAAAUGGAUAUACAGAGGAAGAUUGCCGUAAAGUGCAAUGUAUCGGUGGCUGUGGAUUUGUAUUCUGCAAAAAAUGUUUACAAGGAUAUCAUGUUGGGGAUUGUGAAUCUCAAGCACAAUCUUCAAGUAAUUUGAAUUUUCAAUCUGGAUACGUUGUGGAUCCACUAAAAGCAAAGGAUGCAAAAUGGGAUGAAGCGAGUAAAAAAACGAUAAAAAUUUCGACAAAACCGUGUCCUAAAUGUAGAACACCUACAGAAAGAGAUGGUGGAUGUAUGCAUAUGGUGUGUACAAGAGCCGGUUGUGGAUAUCAAUGGUGUUGGGUUUGCCAAACUGCUUGGACAAGAGAUUGCAUGGGCAAUCAUUGGUUUGGUUAAAUUAAUAAAAAAAAAAGUUAAAUUAUUUAAAUUUAAUAAUUUAAAUUUCAUAUUUAAAUUUCAUAUUUAAUAAUUUUUUUUUAUUAAUUAUUUCUCUUUAUUUAAAUAUAUAUUUAAAUAUUUCUCUUCUAGUGAAUGACAUUGUAAUAUAUAUAGUUUUCUAAAAGAAAUGAAAUAUUUUAUAUAACACGUUAUCUAUUUGUAAUAAAAAUAUUUGUGUAGAUAAU